AUGAGCACUCUGACAACAAUCGCGUCAUACCUGGGCUCCAACGACGCCGUCUACGAAGACGGUUCUGCAAAACAUGGAUUCCGCUCAGAAAAAAUACACUCUGCGUCCAUUAGUAACACAAACAAGGUCAUUUACAGCAGCUUGGCGCCCAUUUUCCCGACCAAUAUAUCUGACUUUCUGAUGACAAAUGGAACCGAUGCGAUAUCGGCACAGUGCGGGGAGAAGUUUGCGGACAACAUGGAGUGUUUUAUGAUCCUGACUCCGGGCCAGCAGCUAGCCAUCGCCAUCUUGGCCCUCACGUUGGGUACGUUCACGGUUCUAGAGAACCUGGUGGUGCUGUGCGUCAUCCUGCAAUCGCAGACGCUGCGAUCCCGACCGUCCUAUCACUUCAUAGGAAGCCUGGCUGCGGCGGACCUCAUCGGGAGCAUCAUUUUUGUCUACAGCUUCUUGGACUUUCAUGUCCUCCACAGAAAAGACAGUCCUGAGGUUUUCCUCUUCAAGCUGGCGGGAGUCAUCGCCUCUUUCACCGCCUCCGUUGGCAGCCUCUUCCUCACCGCCAUCGACCGCUACAUCUCCAUCCACAGGCCCAUGGCGUAUAAGCGCAUCGUGACUAAAAACAAAGCGGUGGUUGCUUUCAGCCUAAUGUGGAGCGUGUCCAUUGCGUUCGCGCUGCUGCCCCUGCUGGGGUGGAACUGCAAACGCCUCAAUUCGGUAUGCUCGGACAUUUUCCCCCUCAUCGAUCAGAGGUAUCUGAUGUUCUGGAUCGGGAUGACCAGCGUCCUGCUGAUAUUCAUCAUCUACGCCUAUAUGUUCAUCCUGUGGAAGUCGCACCAUCACGCCGUGCGCAUGCUGAACCGCACCUCCCAGAGGAGCGUCAUUGUCUACACGGCAGAGGGGACAAAGGUACAGACGGUGAGGCCCGAGCAGGCUCGCAUGGACCUCCGCCUGGCUAAGACCCUCGUGCUCAUCUUGGUGGCGCUCAUCCUUUGCUGGGGCCCCCUUCUCGCCAUCAUGGUUUACGACCUCUUAGGCAAAGUGGACGACUUGAUCAAGACGGUGUUCGCCUUCUGCAGCAUGCUGUGCUUGCUUAACUCCACCGUCAACCCUGUCAUUUACGCUAUGAGGAGCAAGGACCUGCGCAGGGCCUUCGGAAACAUCUGCCGCCUGUGUCGGCGAAGCGCCAACAUUUUGAACAACAGCGGGGAAAGUGACGGGAACAGCAGGAGCGUCAGGGGAAAAGACAGCAAUAGCGGGAGUUCAACCGCUAGAGUUAAAGUGGCCCAAGUUUUUAUUUCUGGAGCGACGGAUCGAGAUAGUAGCGCAGAUUCAGUGUGA